UCUCUUCGCGUGAUCUUUCUUCGCACGCAGUUGGCACCAACUCCCCACCACUUCGCUUCGCUUCCCUUCCCUCCUCACCUCUCCCGCGCGCGCGAGUUUAACCGCUUAAUUAUAACCGCCUCUCGGAUUAGCGCGGCUAUAAUACCGCGCGCGAUUGGCUGAUUAGCCCUAGGCAACGCUCGCUAACACGCCACCACCUCGGCUUCGCUGUUUGCUGUUUGCUGCUGCUGCUUCUAGGGUUAGGGUUUGGGGUGGGGAGGGGUGGAUGCGCGUGGGCUGGUGGUGGUGGUGGGGAUGACGCCGCAGCGGUCUCCGGCGGCGGCGGCGGCGGGGGGAGGGGGCACGCCGGCGCUGCACUACCUGAGCGGGCCGUACGGGGACACGACGUACACCAAGGUGUUCGUCGGGGGGCUCGCGUGGGAGACGCGGAGCGAGGGGCUGAGGGCGCACUUCGAGGCGUACGGGGAGAUCCUCGAGGCCGUCGUCAUCACCGACCGCGCCACGGGGAGGUCCAAGGGCUACGGAUUCGUGACCUUCCGGGACCCAGACUCGGCGAGAAUGGCGUGCAUGGACCCGUACCCGGUGAUCGACGGGCGCCGCGCAAACUGUAACCUUGCCAUCCUAGGCCGUCCUGGGCCAGACAUACCUUUCGCACCUUUAAGGCCGGUCAUCCCAUACAAUGGAGGUGUGGCGGUUCCAGGGGGCAUGUAUGUGCAAAGCCCAACAUAUCAGCAACCCCCCUACAACUAUCCACAGGCAUUUGUAUAUCCUUCUUAUGGACCAUCAACUUAUGGGCCAGAAUACAUGUAUCCUCAGAAUGCAUAUGGUUCAUAUGUUGGGCAACAGUAUGUUCCAGUAUAUGGCGGUCCCAGGACAGUAGGCCCAGCAGUUUACCCAUAUGGGCAGUUUGGCCAACCUGUGCCAGGUGAUCAACCGUAUUCACCUGGCUAUGUACCAGGUCACAUUCUGCCGCUAUCUAAUCAGAAUGCUGCAAAUGUUGUACGCAUGUCAACAGUUCAGCAACAAUAUCCUCCAGGAGCUCCACGCCCUCAGCAACAGCUCUUGAUCCCUGCUCGUGCACAAUUCACACCAAACAACAUUUCGGAACAAACGUCGGGCUGACAUAAGGAUGCCAACAAGUACAAAUUUGAGGUAUCCUAUAGUCUGCAGCAGGACUAAGAACAGCAGAACUGCUAAUUGGGCGGCAUGCUUCUUUUCUUGCAAACUGUCAUCUUUUGCAUUCUAAAGGUUCUCCUUAUCCAUGGUUACCUGAUCCAUAUAAAAUGUGAAUGUCAAGCUGCUCCGUUGGAAGGGGCAGGAAGGCGUGAGAGUUUCGAAGCCACUCUUGCGCUGCUUCUGUCAAGUGUCUGUGCAUUCCCCAUCUCCUGCCAGGAAUUCUGAUAGCUGGUGGCCUGUACAUGGACCAAAACUGGAUGCCGGAAAUGGAGUCCGGAAUCCAGCCCUGUGUAUAAUAGCUCAAGUAGGGUCCAAAAUCGUAGAGCUAGUCAAUUCUUUCAAACGUUGCUGAUGCGUCUGGUUACAGUUGUGUAUAGCCCAAUUCUCUCAUCUUCGUCCUUCUCGUCAUCUCCAAUGCAUGUGAUUGUGUUGCAUUAUGUACAGCAUUAGGGCGUUGGGUCGCGUCCUCGGCUGGUUGUGUAAAUUAUUCAUCCCAAAACUGUAAAACUGUUUAUAUCACUUUAUAUGCAACGUGUAACUAAAUAAUGGCAGUUCCAAUCCUAGAAAAUAAUCAACUGCUCCUACCUGUUAA